AUGUUUGGAUUGCUUGUGUUGGCUUUUAAUAAUGUAUGGAAUGAUCUUGUGGAAAAUGUAUAUCAGAAAUCACCAAUCUCUGUUAUUAUACAACCUGAGAAUUUUGAACCACCAUUCACCAAUGCAUUCAAUACUUUUUUUAAUAUCACAGCUGAAUCUGGUACUAAUUUCGUCUAUUCUGGUAGUAAGUUGCCUUAUUUGAAUAUAAUAAUUAGUGUGUUCUCUGUAAUCUUAGCUGAAUUAGAUAUUAUCUAUUGUAUAAUACGAUUGGCUAUUGCAACUGGUUUGAUCUUACUGUUUGUGGGGUUGGCAGUAUUUUUUAUGAUAUGGUGUUAUAUUACCUUGUACAGACGCUGGAGUCUAUUGAUUACUUUUGUCAAGAGUGACAAGUUCAACAAUGGUAUAAGUUAA